AUGCCUUCGCAAUCCCAAAUGUGCAUCGUCUGGGCCAUCGGAAAAGGAUGGAACUUCCCAAGUCCUGCCAGACUCGGCCUUACACCGCGUUUCAUUGACGUGCUUACACUGUUAGUAGCAAUAUUCGGGAUUUUCAUUGGCAUCCUGACAAUAUCGGCUUUUGUCCGCCGAAGAGCUCAUGGAGAGGUAGUGACAAAAGGCUGGAAAUACUGGGCAAGUUUGGCUUGCGUCGCUUGCGUCGUCACUGGCACUAUUGUCCAAACUGCUGGUCUGAUCGCCGGCAAUCCACAUGCUUGGUUCAGCGACCAGCGGGUAUGGGCUUAUACCCUUCUUGUUACGUUCCUUUUGGCAAUGUUCGUCGUCCAGUAUAUGGGGCCAAAUGGCGGGCAACACAGAGCUGCCAAAGGAGCAACUUUCUACUGGCCUAUUCUCACCUUGCUUCUGGGGGCAAAAUUGCAAUCAACCAUUUCGCACCGUAUGAACGAGCAUCAUAUGUAUUCCAUUGUCGCUUUAUGUACAAGUUUUGGGUUCUCGUGCGUUGAAUGUGUCCUUGUAUGGUUUGUGCCGGAUGGAUACGCCGACAUGGAGCAAAUAAACAACACCGACGUCCGCCCACGGGCGACAUUGUGGUCCACUCUGACUUUUGCGUGGAUGACGCCCAUGAUGACAUUUGGCUAUGCGAAUCGUCUCACCGAGAACGAUCUCUGGGAGUUGGCCGAGGGUGAAAAUACAAGGGCUGCGGCCAAACAUUCCAAGACUCAUGGAGUGUCGAGCUGUUAUUCCGCGGUUUCGGACGAGCAUGUGCAGGCAAUACUCUUCAAGGUGGGGGCUGACAUGUUUUCACUCAUGCAGCCACAGCUAUUGCGGUCCUUGAUAUCAUUUGUCCAAUCUCGAGGCAGUCUGGCAAAUGAAGUGGCCCUUGCGCUGGCCAUGUUUCUGGUCUCGGUCGUCCAGAGCCUCUGUCUCCAUCGGUGCUUCCAGCGACUUUCUUACACUGGCGUCAAGGUGAAAGCGGCGCUUAUUUCCACAGUCUAUGUCAAAUCGCUUAGGUUGUCGAAUGGUGCGCGUGCUACCAAGUCCACAGGUGGCAUUGUCAAUCUGAUGGCUGUAGAUGCGCAGCGCCUUCAGGACUGCAUUCAGUUUAGUCAGCAUAUUUGGUCCGCUCCGUUGCAAAUACUUCUCUCCGUGGCAUUUUUAUAUCAACUGAUGGGGCCUAGCAUGCUAGCUGGUCGUGCCUUGAUACUCGUCAUGAUUCCUAUUAAAAAGAUCAGUCACAUUCGUAAUGACAAGGAGCUCGUAACGCUUUGCAGGGUUGGCAAUUUUCAAGCACUGUCUGGAUUCAUCGGUGCGGUAGCCCCAUUCCUCGUUGCGUGUGCGGCGUUCUCAGCAUACGUCUUAGUCCAUGCCAGUCCGCUGACAACGGAUAUUGUGUUCCCUGCCUUUGCAUUAUUCCAUCUGUUGACGACCCCCCUGACUAUCCUACCCGCGGCUAUUUCGUCUGUUACCGAGGCAAGUGUUGCAGUAACUCGGCUAAGCGCCUUCAUUACCGCUGAUGAGGUCCAAGAGAACGCUGUUAUUCACAGCGACGCGGUUACGCAAGCCGGUGCAGAAUCGGUUGCUAUACGCGAAGCAACCUUCACAUGGGACAGACAGCAGACCAAACCGGCUAUUGAAGAAGUCAACUUCACGGCUCGUGCGGGUGAGCUGUGCUGCAUCGUUGGCCGCAUUGGAAGGAGCAAGUCUGCGUUGAUCCACGCUAUUCUCGGCAGCCUUCACAAAGUGAAGGGUACAGUGACGGUCCAUGGGUCGGUUGCCUAUGUGGCACAAGACACAUGGCUACUGAAUGCCACGAUACGAGACAACAUAACCUUUGGCCAUGGAUGGGACCCUGGGUUCUACGAGAACACUGUGAAGGCGUGUGCAUUAGUCAGUGACUUUGUCCAAUUUCCAAACGGGGAUCGAGCGGCAGUGGACCAGCAUGUCGCCAGACAUCUGGUCGACAAUGUACUUGGACGCCAUGGCCUCCUUCAAGGAAGAACAAGAAUUGUCGUCACGAAUUCCGAGGCUGCCAUGGCCGAGUCAGAUGCAGUUGUCUUGCUUCAAUCUGGUAGAAUCGCAGAAAGAGGUACCGGCGCACAAACCAUGGAGGCCAUGGGAGAUUUGAACGAUAUUGAAGGAAGGUUGGGGGUUUUAAACGACAAACUUAAACUCGAUAUCUCUUCCGAUAUGUCAAGCACCGGAAAAUCACAGGUUAUAAGCGACCUUCAGGGACUGACAACAAUGCGCGAAGUGGCUGCCCAAGAGGCAGACCCGAGUACAGCUCACCGCGCAGACUUUGUCUGUCGCCGAGGUCUUCCAAGGAGACAUAUUGACGUGGAAUCUGAGCCAAUCAUACGCGCAGAACGCUCGAAACAAGGACGUGUUGGAUGGAAGGUGUAUGCUGAUUACGCAAAGUCGAACGGUCUUGUCUUUGUCUCUCUAUAUGCUGUUGCUCUCAUCGGUUCUCAGGCGGCUGAAAUUGGAAGUAAUAUCUGGCUCAAACACUGGAGCGAGACGAACAACGAUGUCGGGGAGAAUCCGCUAGUUGCAAAGUUCAUUGGUGUAUAUGUUGCAUUUGGGCUUGGUUCAGCUGUCCUUGUUUUCAUACAGAGUAUGGUACUCUGGUUAGCCUGCUCCAUCAAGCGAUAUUACUUGGCAGCCAAACGAGAGCUCAAGCGUUUAGAAAGCACGAGCCGCAGUCCAGUUUUUGACCACUUUCAAGAGACCCUUGGGGGUGUUGCAACUAUUUGUGCCUACGGAGCACAGGAGCGAUUCAUCCGAGAGAAUGAGCGUCGAGUAGACGCAAACAUGAAGGCCUAUAUUCCGUCGAUAACGGCAAACCGGUGGUUAGGAGUUCGAUUAGAAUUUGUUGGAUCUGUCGUAAUUCUACUAGCAGCCGGAUUUGCUGUUACAGGUGUUGCCUUCAGAUCUGGUCAAUCCGAAGGCAUGGCCGGCUUGACAAUAUCAUACGCUCUACAAAUCACGCAGUGUCUUGGUUCGCUAGUCCGAGCCACCGGAGAGGUUGAGACGAAUAUCGUGUCAGUAGGACGUGUCCUCGAAUUCGCUGGUUUACCCAGCGAGGCUCCAGAUGUUCUUAAGAGCCACCGGCCGCCAAGUAGCUGGCCAACUCAAGAGGCCGUCAAAUUUGUCAACUAUAGCACUCGCUAUAGGCCAGAUUUGGAGCCAGUCCUCAGAAACAUUAAGCUUGACAUAAGAGCCAAGGAAAAGAUUGGCAUUAUCGGCCGCACUGGGGCUGGCAAAAGCUCGUCAGUGCUGUCGCUCUUUCGAAUCAUCAAACCGGCCUUUGGGAGCAUCUAUAUCGAUGAUCUCAAUGCAUCGAGCGUAGGGCUUUUGGACCUUCGACGGCGACUGUCAAUUAUUCCACAGGAUUCCGCCUUGUUUGAAGGGACAAUUCGAGAUAACCUGGACCCAGACAAGGCCCAUGACGAUACUGAGCUUUGGGCCGCUCUUGAGCUUGCUCAAUUAAAGGAACACGUUGCCGGCGCAUGUGGUGGACUAGACGCGAAAGUAUACGAAGGGGCCCGCGCACUGCUGAAGCCCUCGACUAUUCUAGUGCUAGACGAAGCAACCGCUGCGGUGGACGUUGAGACGGAUAUGAUUAUCCAGAAGACUCUUCGGGACAAUCUAUCCGGCCAUCGCACCACCAUUACAGUUGCGCACCGUAUUCAUACUGUCAUCGACUCUGACCGCGCUGUGGUGCUCAAUAACGGCGAGAUUAUUGAGGCUGAUACGCCGGCUGCUUUGAUAGAGCAAAAGGGGGCCUUCUACCAGCUUGCAAGAGAGGCGGGCGUAGCAGAGUAG